AUGAUAAGCCCACAAAACACUGUGUUUAUAAUUCAUUCUAGUAUGACAAUUUCACAACAUAGUCAUGAUAAAAACAAUAUAUUAUUGUUUACAACUCGAUUAUCACUGAAUUUAUUGGAAUUUUGGUCAGAUGACUAUAACUUUGAAUGCUCAUUAAGACUUCUAAAUGAUUUGAAACUUCAACAAAAGAUUUCGGAAAUGAGACUACAUCAUCAGAAAUACAAGGCUUUGUUAACUCUGUUAUUUACAAGAUAUGUAAUUAAUCAACUACUUGGCAGCAAUAAUUUCUUUGAUGUUGUUAAUUUCUCCUAUAAUGAGUAUGGAAAACCAAUGUUACCAGAUUUUCAGUUCAAUUCAAGUAGUUCGAAUGAUAUUAUAUGUAUGGUGGUGGAAUAUUCAUCCCAUCCUAUCGGAGUUGAUCUAUCUCAUUCAAGACAAAAAGUAUCACCUGUGAAUUAUCUUGAAGAAUUUAGACCUAUUUUUGACAAACAUGAAAUCCUGCAAGUUGAUACUUAUUUUAAGUUUAACCAUUUUUGGACUUUGAAAGAAGCCUUUACGAAACUUAUUGGAAGUGGAUUAAAUAUUGAAUUAUCAGAUUUUUACUUUGAAGUGGGACAAGGAUUUAGUGAAGAGGAUUACGAAUACAUACAGACACAAGAUACAAGUGAUUGUUACGAUUACUCAUUAUCAUGGUUUGACAAUAUCAAUGUUAAUAUUGAAAAAUUGAAAGCAAAGAAGGAUCAGUUUAUUGGGAACCUAGAAAAAGAAGAAUUCUAUUGUUUCUCCAGUAUUCUUGAGAAUAGUUCUGGAGAUCAACCACCAGUAAUCGUCACCAUAGUGACGCAAAACGAAAGUAAACCAAUCAAGCCUAUCGAAGUACAAUUUGAUAAGAUUUUGCUAGGAUAUUUCUAA